AUGGAUGUACUGUCGGAUCAGAAGAUAGUGGUACAGUAUCACAACUCAUGGCUCGACAACAAUAGCACUCAACUGUACAUUCAGAUGGAGUAUUGCCCGCAAAGUCUACGCAAAGUACUGUCGGCCAAAGCGCUGGCAUUUGGCAGACAAUCGUGUGAACCGAUAAAACCAUUAGAAUAUUUUAUUUGGUGUGAAAUAUUCAAAGAGCUCUUAGAAUGCGUGCAGUAUUUGCAUAAAAGUAGACCUCAGAUAAUACAUCGCGAUCUCAAUCCGGACAACAUAUUAGUAAUUGAAAAUACAACUUGUGAUAAUAAUAACCACCGGUUCAUUAAACUGUGUGACUUUGGUCUGGCUACUUUGCACGACCCGGAGCUACACUAUAGGACUAAGGAUAAGCAUACGGGCGAUGUCGGGACAGUACGGUACCAAGCACCCGAAAUAGCAAAUAAAAAUUAUGGUCAUAAAUCUGAUAUGUAUAGCUUGGCUAUAGUAGGGGGCGAGUUGUUUGAUCUGGAUUUAUAUUCAAGAAAAUUAGCCACAUAUCCGAACGAUCACGUGCUAAACGGACCGGUAGUUUGUUUGCAUCGUAUGUUGCAGUCAAUGAUGUCGACUCCCAUAUGGGAUGAUAGGCCUGAGUGUCGUGAAGUGUUGGCCAAACAUAACGAGUGGUCUAUCGAUAAGAAUGUUAUCGCGAAUCACAAGGAAUUCAUUUCAGUGUUAAAUACACUUAAAUCUAAUGUUAAUUCAGUUUUCUAUGAGAUUAUGUUUCGCAAAACACUAUAA